CACUUUUUCGAAUCUCUUUUCGUUGCAAAGAACCCUAGCAACUUGACACGAAACGAAAAUUCACUGCAGAACUUAUCAACAUGCCGAAAAAGAAGAAGAGCAAACGACAAAAGGUCCAGGACGUGAGCACGUUUUCCGGCCUCUCGAACAUCACAGGGUUUGGUGAUUUGGGAGGAGCCGCUUCGAUUGACGACUGUAUGGCUGAGAUGAUGUUCCAUACAGAAAGUCGGAGCGAGAAUCAACCGCAACAAAACGAUGAUGCCAUCUCUGCUCCGGAAAACACGAUAGAAUCCAUCAGCAUUCGAUACCCGGAGACGAUCCAUCCACCAAAGCGUGGGGCGCCUCGACAGCCAUCCUGGAUUCAACAGGCCAACAAAGCCAAAACCUCGUCGAAAUACAUGAUGAGUGCUGAAGAUAUCGAGAAUUGGAACCGAAGCUUUGAAACCUGGGCGAAUGGUGGCAUUUACAGCCCUGGAUUGCUCCCCAACAUUGACCAAGAAAUUGCAAGAAAUUUCAAGGUCAAGGAACUUUCCGAUCUCUUACUAAAGAACAAGAAGUUUGCGGGUAAGGAUCUCCGGAUGCCCCUUUUUGAGCGCUGGCUAUUGGACUCAAAGCACGAAGAGGAGAGUGAGGGCGUUGUGGGUGACUGUGUGCUGACGCUUCGAUCGUCGCCCGAUUCGGGGGCAUCCCAACGGUUGCUGUCGGAGCUGACCAGCAAACAAAACGGUGUCGAUCAGACGGACGCGGAAAACGUCAUUGCCAAGCUUUGUCGAACGACAAAUCUAGCGUGUCAGGAGUUAUUAUCCCAGGAGGAUAGGUAUCGACGGCAGUCUCCGCUGAAUAAAGGAGAUCGAAUCAACAUGUCCACAAAACCGUCGUCGACAAAUACAUUUGUGAGCUUAGAAUAUUCGCGGAAAAAAUGGAAAAAGCCGUUUUGCUUCCGCAUUAAUCAGAUUCACUAUAAAAAAUUGAAGGAUCGUUUCCUUGAAAUUCACCCCAGGUUCAUCUUUGGUGGGGGGAAAAUUGUCAAGAACAACAUGGAAACGAUGGUGGAACGUUCGUUCCAUGUUUUGGUGUUGGCCUUGCUACUGCGGUAUUCCGCCUUGUCAGGUGGAGGGCUAUUGGACGACUUGAGAGGUGGAGGAAUGCAAGGUGAGAAAGAUAUUUGUGUGCUGCCCUUGCUAUGCUAUUGUAAAAGAUUGUUUAAUCACAAUUGAAUUCUUUUCUACCAUCAUGGUCAAUGUAUGUCGUUGACUCCCUGGAAGGUGCCAUUCAUUCGAGCGUCUUUGAAGUGUUGCAGGCACAUUUUUCGAAGGGAAAAGAUAGCCCGUCCUCCAAUUCGUGGUUCGAGGGAUUUGCUUCUCCGUUCAAUGCGGCUUUGCCACGCUUUGCAUCGGCCUUUCCAGAUUUAGACUGGCACUUUGGGUCGGUGGGACGUUUUUUCGAUUGCAAGUUCGACGCAAAGAUACAGCCCGAUGAGAACGAUAAUGGUGAAUAUUGCGAAGCGAAUCCGCCAUUCACUCCGGGGAUCAUGAUGGCUAUGGUAGAUCACAUGGUGGAAGCUCUCCGUAGGGGCGACAAAAACAACAUCCCCUUAACAUUUGUUGUGGUGGUUCCGUCUGCAGACAACAAAAAGAAGAGGAAAUCUAAAUCGGCAAUAUCUUCUGAUGAAAACAAUGAUAUAGCAGUUGCUAAAUCUGCUGCUACUAGAUCGUUUCGUACUAUGCUAUCCAGCUCGUAUUGUACGAGACAUGUCCUCCUCAAUGCAAGAGAACACGGAUAUGUCGAGGGUGCGCAGCAUCUACGGCCGACCCAAUAUAAGCAAAGCUCGUACGACACGAGCGUCAUAAUUUUGCAAACUCCGAAGGCCGCCAGUACCGACCUAACAGAGCUCGAGAAAGAUCUUAGGGUUGCGUUUUCAAGCCGACACGAAAGUGAGCUGAUAGAACGGAAGAGAAAGUGUGCUACUACCUAAAUACUGAAUGGAAAGUUUUCUACAAUUCAGUAUCACUUUCGGCUCACUUUUGGGUCCUAUCUUAUGGUAGUACCAUGUAUUCAAUAAAUGCUGAAACCUUCAAGUCAACUUUUCUGCAAUUGCAUACACCUUUAAAAGUUUAGAAGUGAUGCUGAUCUCUGUUCAUUGGUACUAGGAACCUGCCUUAAUUGGGCUUCUCAGUGUGCAUGGAAACGGUCAUGGUAUAACUCUUAUCCAUCAAAAUUGUGAACAAACCCCUUUUAUGUUCCCUGAGUCAUCCUCUCCAUUAGUUGGUAGUCAUGGUGCAUAGAAAUGACAGUACUCUCUCAGGGCUGCUGCCACUUGGAGUGUCUAUCUGCAUCCUUCCGAACUUCAAUAUACUAACAUUCUAAAUAGACCAAUUUGAAUAUU